CCUACGCUCGCUCCACAUUCCGCGAAAAAAUCCCACGUACGUACCUCCUGCAUGCGUUUCUGCCCGGCGGUUUCUCGGAUCGAUCGGCCUCGCCGGCGAACCCAUCCAUCCAGCAGGCAGCUUGUUUCAUAUUUUACAGUGAGAGUUGUCCUACUAGAUGGUCUCUAGGUCAGGUAAACUCUGAGAACAAUGAAGGUGGGACAUUUUACUGCUAGAGGUAAAAAAGUAUGAAGUGGCAGCAGCUGUGGUCAUCGGACGGCGGCGAUAUGAAGGGUGUUCCAUUGCCUCGCGCAAGGGCGGCUCCACGAAGACGCUUAUGGAUAUCAGUGGCUGUGGCUUUCAUUGUGAUCACCGUACUCUGGGCUUAUCUCUACCCACCCCAGGAUUAUACUUACCCCGUCAGGGACUGGUUUCCUUCAGAACCUGCCCGGGAACUGACUGACGAGGAGACUGCUGCGCGUGUUGUCUUCAGGCAGAUCCUGUCGACACCUCCUUUUCCAUCCAGAAAUCCCAAAAUUGCUUUCAUGUUCUUGACUCCGGGCAAAUUGCCAUUUGAGAAAUUAUGGGAGUUGUUCUUUAAGGGCCAUGAGGGAAGAUAUACAAUAUAUGUCCAUGCUUCACGUGAGAAGCCUGAACAUAUCAGUCCUGUAUUUAUUGACCGAGAAAUACACAGUGAUAAGGUAGGAUGGGGUAUGAUUUCUAUGGUUGAUGCAGAGAGGAGGUUGUUGGCAAAGGCCCUAGAAGACAUCGACAACCAACAAUUCGUAUUACUUUCUGACAGCUGUGUUCCUCUACACAACUUUGACUAUGUUUAUGAUUUCCUGAUGGGAUCGAAACAUAGUUUUCUUGACUGCUUUGACGAUCCUGGGCCACAUGGAGUAUUUAGAUACUCAAAGAAUAUGUUACCUGAGGUUCGAGAGACUGAAUUUCGUAAGGGCUCGCAGUGGUUUUCAAUCAAGCGGCAGCAUGCAAUGGUUGUGAUCGCGGAUAGCCUUUAUUAUUCUAAAUUCAGGCGUUUCUGCAAGCCGGGGAUGGAAGAGGGUCGCAACUGCUAUGCAGAUGAGCAUUACUUGCCAACACUGUUCCAUAUGAUGGAUCCUGCUGGGAUUGCUAACUGGUCUGUGACUUAUGUUGAUUGGUCUGAAGGAAAGUGGCACCCCAGAUCUUUUCGAGCUAAGGAUGUCACUUAUGAACUCCUGAAGAAUAUGACAUCCAUAGAUGUGAGCUCCCAUAUCACCAGUGAUGAAAAGAGAGAGCUUUUGCAGAGGCCUUGCUUAUGGAAUGGACUGAAGAGACCUUGCUAUUUAUUCGCAAGGAAGUUCUAUCCUGAAGCCUUAAACAACCUCAUGAACUUAUUCUCCAACUACACAAUUUUCUAAAGCUUAUGCACUAUUGGAAGAAUAGGACGUUCCAGAAUUCUUUUGUAUACUGCAUUACUGCUGGAGGAGCAGAUCUAUGCACUAACUGUGUACAGAAAUAGGGGAGGUAUUACUUUCUGCUGCCACAAAAUUAGACUAUUAAUUGUUUCCCCAUGGGCAUAAUUCUCCUAGGACUCUAGUUUUUAAGGGUAUUUUUUCCUGCAAAUUUUGUUAC